AUGAAAAGAAAACGCUCCUCUCGUUCCACGUCGAGUGUUCAUUGCAAAAGCUCACCAACCACAAGCAUGCUUGUGGACGAAUCAUUGCCCACUACCGAUCUACACGAAAAAACCACAUCAUCAUCCUCUUCAAAAAAGAAAACCAACAACAAUAACAAGAACAUUCAACAAAGUAAAAGUCUUUUCAACUUUUCUCAAGCUCCCGGAUGGAAUGAAGAAGAAAAUAGAAUCCUCCGAUUGGGCAUUAUGAAAUUCGGAGUUGGAAGUUGGAGUACCAUUCACCGAUCGGGAAUUUUACCUGGCAAGAAUUUUGCACAACUUUACAUUCAAACACAGCGCAUGUUGGGCGUUCAGAGUUUGGCUCCGUUCAAUGGCAUUCGGCUCGAUACGGAUGUGGUUCGGAGAGAUUUUGAAAAACUUGCUGAAGAAAUUAGUAAGAAAUCAAAUGCAUCAUCAUCUUCCGAGUCAUUGAAAAAGAGUAAAAAAGAAAGUCAACAAAAAAAGCAAGCAGUAGCGUCUGCUACUACGAGUUAUUCUGUGGAAGGAAUGGAUAUUAAGAAUGGAUUGAUUGUGAAUGUCCAUGGAGCGAAUCCAACCAAGGAUUCCAUAAAAAAGAAGAGAGAACAAAAUAUUGAACAGUAUGAACUGAGUGAGGAACAAGUGGCAGAGAUGGUGGAUGAGGAGGAAAUGUAUGCUCUCAAGAGGAGAACUCGUCUCGAAUUUACACAAAAUUUGAAGAAAUAUUUGGAGCAAACGGGACAAGUGAAGUUCAAUGCUGAUGGUCAAGUAAAUUCACUGACCUCAUGCACGAGUGAGGACGAAGAAGAAGAAGAAGAGAAGAAUGAUGACAAGGACCAGAGUAUGACGUCUAAUUACUACGGUAAAUUCACUAAUCUGGAAACAGUUAAUAAGGAAAUCGCUAAAUGCAAAAAUGAACUCAAUGACCUCAUGAAUCAAUACUUAAAAUCCGCAUGCCAAUAG